ACUCUUGUCCGUUUGUUCAACUCUUCAACCAUUUCGGUUUCUCUUUAAAAAAAAAAAAAUUAAAAAAAAAGAGAAAUCAUCAGCUCUGGUAAAUCAUGGCAACGCUUAUUGGAAAUCCGCUGAUCAAGGCAUUGAUUGCUCUCUUCUUGAUAUCGGCAGCCGCCGCCACUGGCGACGCUCCCUUCAUCGUCGCUCACAAGAAGGCGUCACUCACCAGACUUAAAUCCGGCGCCGAACGCGUCUCCGUCUCCAUCGACAUCUACAACCAAGGCUUCUCGACAGCGUAUGACGUGAGUCUCGCUGAUGAUAGCUGGCCUCAAGAUGCCUUUGAUGUUGUCAGUGGUAACACUUCGCAGUCAUGGGAGAGACUUGAUGCUGGUGGUCUUCUAUCUCAUUCAUUUGAAUUAGAGGCCAAAAGACAAGGAAUGUUCUAUGGUGCCCCAGCGGUUAUCACUUUCCGCAUUCCCACAAAGUCUUCUCUACAGGAGGCAUAUUCAACUCCAAUCUUGCCCUUAGAUGUCCUUGCGGAGAGACCUCCUGAGAAGAAGUUUGAGUGGGCUAAGAGGUUGCUUGCUAAGUAUGGCUCUCAAAUCUCUGUGAUCUCGAUUGUGGUUCUUUUCAUCUACCUAAUCGCCAUCCCCUCAAAAUCCAGUGCUGCAAAAGCAAGCAAGAAGAAGCGCUAAGUAUUGGAGCUGAGAAAAGCCAAAUCAAUAGCCGGUCUGCACUUACCGCACGAGCCUCUCUUUCUGUUUGCAGUUAAAUUAGGUCUUCCCUUUCUUUUUGUAGAACAUUUGUUGUCGGAAUUUUCUAAUUAGAUGGCUGUUAAAUGAGUUUAGUGCAAGAUGAAAUCAACUGGUUCGUACUUUCUAGUCAUAGACUUGAUUGAAACUGGUAAUGCUAGAAGUGGAAGAACUAAUAUAUAUGCGGUAUAUGUACAAUUGAUCUGUGAUCGGGUGACAAAUUUUGAAAUUUAAAAUUUAUCUUUACCAUUUAA